CAAAUCUCUCCAGUCAUUCGAUGCCCUUGUACACCCCAGAAGGAGUCUUGAUAAAUUCCUGACUCGAUCCGACUCUUUCAAUCUCUGAAUCAAUUUAAUAAAACACCUCGCAGAUCAACUGAUUUUGUUUUUUUUUAUUCGAAAUCUUGAAAAUUGAUGGACAACAAGGCCGAAACAGCCAAUAGUGGAAGCAACAACUUCGAAGGUGAGCAGGAAGUGAACCCUAAUAAUACCAAUGGCUUGACUGAACAAGUGAUUGCAGAAGAAGCCGACUCGGAUUCUGACUUGAGCCAACAUCAACAACAACAUGCGCUAUCCAGAACAAGAACUCCUUUCACUAAUCUCAGUCAGGUUGAAGCUGACCUGGCUCUUGCCCGAAGGCUUCAAGAACAGGAAAGGGCAUAUAUGAUGUUGAGGCUGAAUAAUGAUGGAAGUGAUUAUGGAAGCUGGGAAGGUGGAAGCUAUUUGCACUAUGAAGAUGAUGAUUUUGGUGGGCCAGAUUAUGAGACCGAUGAAGAGGGAAAUGGCACUGAUGUUGAAGAUGGUGAUGAGGAUGAUGAUGAUGAUGCAUUUGAUGUGCAUGAUCAUGAUGAAAAUGCGGAGGAGGAUAACAACCCUAGUGUUGAAUAUGAUUCCGAUGUUUUUUCAAGUGAUGAGGCAUACGCAAGAGCCGUUCAGGAUGCUUUAGCCCGUGCUGGAAUAAAUGAUCGAGAAAUUGAGGACCCAGAGGAUCAUGGUGGUAACUCUCAGGAUGCAUGGGAGGAAGUAGAUCCAGAUGAACUUUCAUAUGACGAGUUGAUAGCAUUGGGUGAAUUGCUUGGAGCAGAGAGCAGAGGUCUUUCAACUCAUGCACUUGCCUCAUUGCCAACAAUAAACUUUAGGACAGGAAGCAGUCAGAGUGAAGGCAAUGAUUUAUGUGUCAUUUGUCGUGUGGACUAUGAGGAUGGUGAGACCUUGACGUUGCUUUCUUGCCAGCAUGCAUACCAUUCUGAGGGCAUAAACGAUUGGUUGAGAAUAAACAAGGUUCCUUGUAUCAAAGGCAUAUUUCUUAUAACCUUUUGCUUGUUUUUUGUGGGGUGGGUUUUCUUUUCAUCCCUUGGAUCAACUUGGAAGCUUUGCUUGUGGUUUAAGGAGGUUGUUCUCUCCUCUAGACAAUUGGAAGAUUAAGUAGGGUUUCUUGAUCUUGGCCCUGAAUCUCUAUUAUUGGCAAAGGAGAAGGUUGAGUCAUAGAACUUUGGUGGAUGUGAUUAAGAUUUAUAAUUUAAAUAACGUUAUUUACCAAUUAUUUAAUAUAAUUUAAAUCAAAUCUCAAAUCAAAUUUAAAUCAAA